AUGGCUUCUCCCUGCCGCAGGUCCCUGAAUCCUAAGACUCUGACCCUCCUUCUGGUGGGUGUGAGUUUCUUGGCCCUGCACCUCUGGUUCCUCCAAGCCUCCAGGUCCCAGCGUUAGAAGAUGUGGGAUGGCUCUACGGAGGCUGCCCCUGCGGCCCCUGCGGCCGUGCAGCCGUCGGCGUUCAGUUCAGGGUCCCCGUGUGUGGCCAACGACUCGGUCAACGCCACGGUCGACUUCGAGCAGCUGCCCGCACGCAUCCAGGACUUCCUGUACCGCCACUGUCGCCACUUUCCCCUGCUCUGGGACGCGCCCGCCAAGUGCGCGGGCCGCCGCGGGGUCUUCCUGCUGCUGGCGGUCAAGUCGUCGCCCGCCAACUACGACCGGCGCGAGCUCAUCCGCCGCACGUGGGGGCAGGAGCGCAGCUACCACGGGCGCUACUUAUGUGGAAUAGUGGUGGAGAAAGUGGCCAUUCUUGUCUGGUUCCUGAUCUUCAUGGAAAUAUUUCCAGACGCCGAGAGCGCGGGCCGGCUGGCGGCGCUGGUGGAGCUGGAGGCGCGCGAGCACGGCGACGUGCUGCAGUGGGCCUUCACCGACACCGUCCUCAACCUCACGCUCAAGCACCUGCACCUGCUCGACUGGCUGGCCGGGCGCUGCCCGCACGCGCGCUUCCUGCUCAGCUGUGACGACGACGUCUUCGUGCACACCGCCAACGUGCUCCACUUCCUGGGCACGCAGCAGCCCGAGCGCCACCUCUUCGCCGGGCAGCUCAUGGACGGCUCGGUGCCCAUCCGCGACAGCGGGAGCAAGUACUUUGUGCCCCCGCAGCUCUUCCCCGGGGAGGCCUACCCGGUGUCCUGCAGCGGCGGCGGCUUCCUCCUGUCCCGCCACCCCGCCGGGGCCCUGCGCGUGGCCGCCCGCCGCACCCCGCUCUUCCCCAUCGAUGACGCCUCCAUGGGCAUGUGUCUGAAGCGCGCCGGCCUGGCGCCCAGCAGCCACCAGGGCAUCCGGCCCUUCGGCCUGCAGCUGCCCGGCGCCGCCAAGUCCUCCUUCGACCCCUGCCUGUACCGCGAGCUGCUGGUCCUGCACGGCUUCGCGCCCUACGAGAUGUUGCUCAAGUGGAAGGCGCUGUACAGCGCCGGGCUGAGCUGUGGCCGGGGCCCGAGGGUGUCCUGA